AAACCACCGACUGCGACAACAAACCCUUCACUUGCCAUCAAGAUCGCUUGCCGCCGACCGCCAAAAUGUCUUCGGAACCUUACGACCCGUACAUUCCCAGCGGACAAGGGUCGCAGGGGAGCUCACGGGAUCCCAGGACGGCCGCAAUUCAAAAUGACAUCGAUAAGACAGUCGACAAAAUGCGCGAAAACAUUGACAACCUCGCGAAGCGCGAACACAACCUAAACCAGCUACAACAGAAGACGGGAGAUCUGGCAGACACAGCUGGCAACUUCCGGCGCUCUGCCAACAAGGUUCGGAAAAAGAUGUGGUGGAAUGUGAGCAUAUCGACGAUUCCCAUUUGCAGGACUGUGUCUUACUGUGUCUCAGGAGAUGAAGAUGCGCAUCUGGCUCGCCAUCGGCAUCGUCGUCCUUCUCGCCAUCAUUAUCAUCCCAGCGGGUUUGCGGUCCCUCCCUCGUGCGUAGAAUCAAGUAACAGCAUCUGACAAGCUUU